AUGGCCAGGGCUGAUACUCGCAUUGCGGCGAGUCCAGACCCAAGGCCCAGUGAAUGUAUUCAGUUUCUUGCUCGAUUCCUUGACUCGUUUUGCCCUGGCGGUUAUGAGUUUCUCGCUCCCUCGGAAAGGUCCGCCCAUUUCUGGGUCCGUGAACUUUUCACUGUGCAUGGCCAGUCCGCCCUCUUGGACACAGCAUUUUCAACUCUUGCCACCACAUUCGUCAGCCAAAGCAGCCGAAAUCUCCAAUUACAGCGUCAGGCAGCCAUGCUUUAUGACCGGUCACUCCGUGAACUCGGUCAAACAAUGAGUCGUAAUGAGGCUGCAGCAGAUAACCGCGUCCUGGCAUCCAUCAUGUGCCUGGCAUUUGCGGAAGUCUUCAGCCCACUCCGAAACCAGGAACACGGCUGGAUCGCUCACAAUAAAGGCGCGUGUGAGAUAAUUAUGUCCAGGGGAGAUGCCCUUCUCAAGACAGAGCUAGGCCGCAGCAUUUUCCUGCGCUUCCGUAUCUCCGGACUUUACGCCGCAAUUGGACGUCGGGAGGCCUUCAGUCUAGCUGGCCAAGAGUUCAGCCGGCUUUCUAGAUUUGCAAAUGCAAACUACUUUGAUUUUCUAGUGGAAGAAAUGAUGUCCAUUCCCCAGCUCCUGAAAGAUAUGAAGGACCUCGCCACGGAGACUGUGCAUGCAGUGGUGCACAGUAGGGCGCAGAAAAUCUCAAUCCACGCAAGUGCAAUUAUGCGUGCUAUGUUCCGCUGGCUUGCAGACUUUAGGCUCAAGAACCACCCGCAUCCCUGUGUUUGGUUUGAACCACUCCGUGAUAUUGCUGAGAGCAGCGACCGGCCGCUUUAUUCAGAGCAGCUGAAAUUUCCCAACCUCCUUGUGGCCCAAGCGAUGAUCCAUUAUUGGGCAACCAUGAUCAUACUCCUGAAAUGCGUGCUUUUUUGCGCCCCCAUUGUCGGCAAUGUCGCCGCGGCAAGCCCAUUACUCGGAAGAGAACCCAGUGGCUACCUAGGUUUCUCACCUGCCAAUAAUGCUAAUGCCUGCAGACAAGAGCCGACAGGAUCCGGGCUUGACAUUGAAUUGAUCCAGUUUGCGGAUGCAAUAGCCUGUUCUGUGCGGUAUUGUACGAGUGAGAAGGCAGGGGCAGCAGGACCUCUGGCCCUUCUUUUUCCUCUUUGGGUUGCUAAAGAUUUGCACGAGAGCGGAAACGAUACAGCUUCUCAGCAGAAAAGUGAAUACUGCCUUGGAGUGUUUCGGACGCUCAUGGAGCGAGGAGUGAAGUUUUCGGAGCCCUUGCGAAAACACUCGCCACCUCAAUGA